AGCAGAACUCCGAACCCCUGCCCCGCUGAUUGGUGCUAGCUCAAAGUGUUGUUCAUGACGUUUCAAGAAGUACUCUUCGGUGUUGACGACCACAGUCCGCCCUUUCUCGUACACUAAGUGUAAAUAUAGCUAGACGAACAGAGGCUGAGACAUACACAACAACUUCCCCGCAUGUUUUCAAUCCGAUUUUGGCACCAAUGAAUUCUGAAAGAGAGCAGUCUCGAGCAGUUUCAGACCGAGUUAAGCUUCCGUUUUUUUAAUUGACUGAUGACUUUUCGAAGGUAUCGCUGAUAAUCACGCUAGCGCCGGACCCCUGCAGCUACGCGAACAUUUUGGUGAGUCGCGUUUUGGGAUGCACGACGUUCGAACAAUCCAUACAUGAUGGCGCCCAUACCGUCAGCGCUCAAAUUUGAGCUGCUAGGGAAAUGCUCGGUCACCAAGGCGCGUGCUGCAACGCUGCAUCUACCCCACGGGCCAGUACCCCUCCCUAUCUUCAUGCCCGUGGCGACCCAGGCGUCAUUGAAGGGCCUCACCCCGGACCAGCUCGAGGCUCAAGGCUGCAGGCUAUGUUUGAACAACACAUACCACCUAGGCCUUAAGCCAGGACAGGCAACACUGGAUGCCGUAGGCGGUGCACACAAGUUGCAGUCAUGGCCACACAAUAUGCUCACAGAUAGUGGUGGCUUCCAGAUGGUAUCGCUGCUCAAGCUUGCCAAAGUCACCGAAGAAGGCGUACGCUUCCUGAGCCCUCACGAUGGCUCGCCCAUGCUGCUCACCCCCGAACACUCCAUGUCGCUGCAAAACUCGAUCGGCUCAGACAUCAUGAUGCAGCUCGACGAUGUAAUCGUCACAACGUCCCCAGACCUUGCUCGCAUGAAGGAGGCAAUGGAGCGCUCAGUGCGCUGGCUUGAUCGUUGCAUACAGGCCCACAAAUACCCCGAGCGCCAGAAUCUCUUCUGCAUCAUUCAAGGAGGAUUAGACCUGGAUCUGCGGCGACAGUGUACUGCUGAAAUGGUUGCUCGGGAUACUCCGGGAAUUGCUAUUGGCGGACUGUCUGGCGGAGAGGCGAAAAGUGACUACUGCAAAGUGGUCGAUACCUGUACUGGACUGUUGCCGGAGAAGAAGCCCCGCUACGUUAUGGGCAUUGGCUAUCCUGAAGAUCUGGUCGUGUCUGUCGCCCUCGGCGCAGACAUGUUUGACUGUGUUUGGCCCACCCGGACUGCCCGCUUUGGCAAUGCAAUCACCGCCAGUGGUAUGCUGAACUUACGCAAUGUCGUUCAUUCUGAAGACUUUGGACCAAUCGAGGAAGGUUGCAAGUGCACCUGCUGCCGACCAACAUCCGAAGGGGGACUGGGCAUCACACGUGCCUACGUGUACCACGUCACCGCGAAGGAGACUGCUGGAGCACAUCUCCUUACUAUGCACAACGUACACUACCAGUUGAAUCUUAUGAGGCUGGCAAGAGAGGCUAUCUUGGAAGAUAGAUACCCACAGUUUCUGCGAGACUUCUUUAGCACGCUAUAUAGCGGCGAGAAGACGAAGUAUCCCGAAUGGGCGGUCGAAGCAUUAAGAGGUGUCGGGGUAGACCUCAUGACGGAUUAAAGUCGCUCUCAAAACACAUCAUAGGUCGACUUUCAAGUUAGAUGCCCCAAAUGAUAACAUAGAUGACUUCAGCUACGUUGCCUGCAAUAUUAGCUGUCAUUCACCA